AUGAGAAAUAGGGAAGGAAGAGUAGAAGUAGGAGAAGAAGAAGAAGGAGAAGAAGAACAAGGAGAAGAAGAAGAGGAAGGAGGAGGAGGAGGAGAAGAAGGAGAAGAAGAAGAAGGAGGAGAAGAAGAAGAAGGAGGAGGAGAAGGAGAAGGAGGAGCAGGAGACCAAGAAGAAGAAGGAGGAGGAGGAGGAGAACAAGGAGGAGAACAAGAAGAAGAAGAAGAAGGGAAAAAAAGAAGAAGAGGGAGAAGGAGAAGAGGAAGAAGGUGGAGGAGGGGGUUGAAUGCAGACCACAGAGGAGGAGGAGGGGAACAAGGUGUAAGUCUAUAUAAAUACACAUUUAAUCACAAUUUUGUUUUCUAUCUUCUCAAUUUAGGUGGCAAGGACUGGGGAAAGGCGAAAGAACGACAAGAAGGACUUUUAGAUUCAGAAAUCGAGGCUAUAAUACAAGAAAAUGAUUACAAGGAUGUCGAAGACCUAGAAGAGAAGUUACAAUCGUUUAAAGGAAAAUUUAUAUUAUACGAUCUCGAUUGCAACGGAGAACUCGAUGAUAAUGAUGUGUCGCAUAUGAUGGAGAAAUUAGGGCAGCCCAAGAACCAAAUCGAGAUCAGGAAGAUGAUCAAAGAAAUCGACCUCAACAAUAGUGGGACCAUCAACUUCCGGGAGUUCGUUACAAUGAUGCUAGGUAAAAAGAGCAGCAUCAUGAGAGUGAUUCUAAUGUUUGAAGAAAAGAACAAGCCCAAGGAGAAACCAACAGGCCUACCUCCCAAGAAAUCCUUCGCAGAUCUUCCGUGAAACUCACCCCAAACCAACAAAAUAUGCAAUUCAUUUUGGUUAUAUUUUAUUUAAUAUUCGAAAUCGUUGGCUGUAUCGCUUCUGUACAAAUCUCGGGAUGUAUAUAGGGGCAUGUUGAAUUUUGGAUACAGCGAAAUGGAAUACUGUGUUUUAUGUUUAUUGUUCCGGUCAAAUGGCCAAAUUUUUACCUUAAAAGUAAAUCAGUGUGAAUUGAUAACAUACUAAAACCAAAUAAUCAACUCCUUUUGAAGUUUUUAGAAAACAGCUUUUAUAGUACAUUGCAUAUUUUAGUAAACUGUUAUUUUAUUUACUUUAUAGUACUUAGUUAAUUUUAAUGGCAAUCCUUCACGAUAGAUUUUUAUCACCAUUACUUAUUUAUCAUUUAAAUUACAAAAAGUCCCUAAAUUAUGAUAAAAUUAUCUUUCUAUAUUAAUUUCACAUCGAUUUGGUAAGACAAUUUUAUCAAUUGAUUAAUUUACCAUCUGAUCUACUUUCAUAUCACAGGGUCAGAGAAGUAAUUUUUUUUUCAUAAUGAAGAUCAUCAGUUGAAUAUAUUUAUGAACAAAGUUAUAAUAUAUGUAUAGAUGAUUCGUGCUUGAAUAGCUUGUUAAAUAGUCGCUUGUACGUACUGUAUACAUUAUGCAUAUAUUUGCCUGAUUUAUGUGUACAAUUGGCAUUCAUGAAUGAAGUAUGUUUUUUAACAGCGAAAAAAUGGGUCAAUUCGAUAAUACCUUGGUUUUUAACAAACCGAAUAUUAAUGUGUUCUCCUUGGGUACAACGUAAAAAUGAGGCUCAUUUUAACCGUAUAUUUCAUGGCGUUUGUGAUCUUAUUUAAUAAUUGUUGUCAUUUGAAAUAAUGAGGUUUACUUUUUGAAGACUUAGAUUAUGAUGAAAUAACGUUUUAGAAAAUGUAAUACAGUGGCCGUGGAACGAAGGGGGGGGGGGGGGUUCGACCCCCGCUAUUUUCAGUAACGUUGUACCAAAACAUGUAAAUGACCAUCAAAUUUGAUUUUAUUCAUGUUCAGCCCACGCUUCAAAAGUCGUUCCGCGGCCUCUGCAAUACUGUACGCGCAAACAAGUGGUUUUGACUCUCAUUUCAAUCAGAAAGUUACGAGUUCGAAGCCAAUGCUAAAGCUGAAAAUUGAUUUCCGUUGUGCUGCAUUCCACCUACAUUCCUACAUACAAAUGGUAUCAAUUUCUUGUUUUGUUUACAUUGUAUGGGGUCAAUGUGUGCACAAGAAGACGAAACAUCGGUCGUCAAAGACAUAAUGCCCACAUUCCAUCCCCACCCCCCCCCCCUCCGUCGUAUGUCCGUUGAAAACCAGGAAGGUGAGAUAUAUACAUUUUCUUCAUUCUAUUCAACAACCCCACCCUACCAUUUUCAUUCGUUUAUUCUGCAAAAGAUGUUUGCGUGAAUUAUGUCCUCCUUGUUCUGAUUACCUGUAAAUUGUAUUUUUCGUCUCAUGUUGUAUAGCAAUAAGACUGGGUAUAUCAACUUCAGUAUUUUGAUUAGAUAUCAUGCCUAUUCGUUUUUAUGCUCGGUCUGUGAGACUCACAGUUGUAAUCAUAUUCACCUUUAUCAUGGGGUAUGUGAAAAAUAGAUAAUCAUUGUAUUUGUUAACAA